UCCCCCCUUCCUCGACCUCCUCAUCCCCCCUCCGCAGGGCGGUCUGCAGCGGGGGGGAUACGCUGGCUGCCUGGGCUAGCGCUCCUGCCCGGCGAGGAGCGGGCCCACGGUAGUUUCAGGCUUCAAAACCCGUUAAUUUGGGGCCAAUAUUAAUUUAAAAUUCGCAUUCCUAAACUCUCAGGGCGGUCGUUUCUGACCACGCUGGAUGCGGCGCUCUGAAUGCUUCCGAUUAACACAAAGACCUUCCCUUGUCGCGGCCCCCCGCUCGGUUUCCGAGCUGCGGGUCCGGUGAGGAAAAAACCCAAACGCUGGCGUUGGGCGGUCUCCUUCUUUAAACGGGCUCCGUUUCUUGUAGUGAAAUUAAAUGGCGGCCGACACGUCCAGGGGAUAUUGCGGGGCUUUGAUCCCUUCAUGAACCUCGUCAUCGAUGAGUGCGUGGAGAUGGCGCCGGGGGGACAGCAGAACAAUAUCGGCAUGGUGGUAAUACGAGGGAACAGCAUCAUUAUGCUGGAAGCCUUGGAACGAGUAUAGCGCCGGAGAAACCUGUGUCGUUACUGGCCGUGACAAGACCUAACCCACCUCUUUUGUUUACUCAUUGAACCUGCCACAGGGCAUCCCUGAGCAUAAACUUAUUUUUUUGUUUUGUUUUGUUAAAUAAAUUUUGUAAUGGUUGACGUAA